CAUUAUUUUUAUUUAUUUCCUAAAUUUUUCCGAUGUGAAUGCAAAAAAUUUAAAAUCAAAUUCACCACCUGAAAUUAUGAGUAUUACAGGUGAAUAUACAGUGCUCAAUGCAGGUGAAGAAUUAUUUUUGAUUUGUCGAGGAUCUGAAAAUGUAACAUGGGAUUCUGAUACCGAAAAUAUGGAACAGAAAUUAACUCAGAGUUUUUAUAAAGAUGAUAAGAAUUAUUUCGCAAAAUUGAUCAUACCUAAAGCCUCGUACCUAGAUACAGGAGACUAUAUCUGCCAAUAUGACCAUGAAACAAGUGACGAAAAUGAGAAUGAAGAGGGAUCAAGAUCGGUUUAUGUAUUUGUUAAAGAUAAAAAUCAUAUAUUUUUACCAAUGACAGACGACAAAGACAUUUUUGUGAAUCAAUAUGAAAAUAGAACAAUAUCUUGUCGUACAACCUCUCCAGAUAUAAAAGUUGAAUUGAAACGAAAUGGUUUACAAGUUUCAAACGUUGUAUCUUACGAUCAUAAAACUGGAGCUGUGGCUUAUUUUAACAAAACAUCAGACGGUGGGCAAUAUUUUUGUAUUGGUUCGAAUAAGUUUACAACAGAAGAAUUGAAAAUAAAUAUUCACGUCCUAAAACGACGUUUUACAAUUGUUGAGCGACCAAAUUUAAAAGAUGAUAGUGUUGCACAUUUUGUUGGCCUUCAUUUAAAUUUAUCAUGUACAGUGAAAUUAACGUUUCCCCAAAUGGUAAUGUGGAGUUGGGAUUUUCCAUUAAACGUUAAACAAAACGAUUCUCGUUUACAACUUAUAAACGUUGCUAAAGGGCAAGCAGGUAGUACAACAAGACUUAUAUUAUCGAAUUUAUCAAAAGAAGAUAGUGGAAACUACACCUGUUUUGUUACGGAUGACCAUAAGAACGUAAAAAAACGUACAAUUACUGUCAAUGUUAAAGAUCAGCCUUAUAUAAAUUUGAGCAGUCUGAGCUCUAGUAAACCUACACCUCAAAAAGUUGGAUUAGAUGUUAAAUUCAUCGUACGCGUAGAUGCUUAUCCCGCAGUAAAAAAAUAUGAAUGGUUUUUUAAUAACAACGAGAUUAUUACCGAUGUACAUUAUGAUAUAAAAAAUACAUACAAAAAUUCAACACUAAUCAUUUCAAGGGUAAAUAUCUCAGAUGAUGGGGUAUAUAUGUUACGUGCCAUAAACGACGCAGGGUUUCAAACCAUUAAUAUGACACUCAUAGUACGUGAUAAACCAAAGGUUUCAAUAUCUGGGCCAUCAUAUAUUUUACUCGACACUAACCAACCAUUCCAGUGUACAGUGAUGGGAAAUCCAAUCCCUGAAAUUUAUUGGAGCUUUAAAAAAUGCUUACAAAAAGAGAAAUGUUCAGCUGAACCGAUAAUAAACAAAACUGAUAAAACUGAAAAUUUAUACACUAUUAAAUCGGAAUUGAUUUUCAACGCGAACAUUUCUGGAACAUUAAUUUGUGUAGCAAAUAACACAGAAGGAAGCAAUUUAAGCGAAAAGGAAAUAAUAAUUACUGAUAUUCCUGAUGGAGAUGAUGGCUUUAAUGCGUGGAAAGUAAUUGAAACUGUAAGCGUUGGUGAUUCACUUGUUCUUUAUUGUGGCGCAUCAAAAUAUAAUUUUUCUGGAUCAAUUGAGUGGUAUUUGAACAAAAGCGAUAAUCCAUUAGAAUCAAAUAAUGACGAUGGUUAUAAAAUUUUUAAUAGUUCUACUCCAUAUUCUUAUCGAAAAAAUAUCGAAAUAUUUAACAUAACAAAAGAUUACAAUGGAAAUUAUCGUUGUGGGAAUGGUUUACAUUCAAAUUCCAUAGAAUUAAAAGUUGUAGAUCCAGAAAGUCCUAAUAUAACGGAUACUAACUUAAACGAUACGGAAAUAAAAUUAAUCGCAGGAAAGCAUCAUGUAUUUUAUUGUCAUGCAAGUGGAAUACCAAUUCCAACUAUAAUAUGGAAAAAGGAUGAUCAACUUUGGAUACCGGAUACAAAACGAAUUAAAGUUUCUAAAGACAAUGAAACAGUUACUUUUAAUUAUACGUUAAAAGAGGAUAACGGUAGAUACUCAUGUGAAGUUUCAAAUCGUUUGGAUACAAUAAUAAAUAGAUCGAAACUUACCAUUAGCGAUGGAAUUGUUACUAAAAAAAUUUCACGUUGGAUAUUAAUCGUGCCAAGUCUUUGCAUUAUAGUUCUAUUAAUUUCAAUUAUACUGUUAUACAUCAAAUUACGAGAUGAGAAAAGACGAAUCGCAGAAUUUGAGAAUGCAGGUUUGAAUCAUUUUGACGAAGGUGAUGUUGAAUGUAUAAAUCCCGACUUAGCCAUUGACGAUCAAGCAGACUUAUUACCCUAUUAUAAUGAUUGGGAAUUUCCUAAAGACAAAUUAAAAUUGGGAAAAGUGUUAGGAUCCGGUGCUUUUGGUGUUGUUGUAAAAGCUGAAGCGCAAGGAAUUGUGGAUGGACAAGAGAGUACAACAGUUGCUGUUAAAAUGGUUAAAAAAACUGCCGAUAUUAUUUACGUAAAAGCUUUGGUUUCAGAAUUAAAAAUUAUGGUUCAUCUUGGACGUCAUGUUAAUGUUGCAAAUUUAUUAGGAGCUUGCACUAAAAAUUUAGUUAGUAAACGAGAAUUGCUCGUAAUUGUUGAGUAUUGUCGGUAUGGAAACUUGCUAUAUUAUUUACAUCGGCAUCGUAGAGAUUUCGUAAAUCAAAUAGAUCCUUUGACAGGCGAUUUUAAUACAUCGAUUGGGGGAGAUGAUUUUCGAAGAAGAGGUUCUUCGAAUGUUAAUAGUCCUCUACAUUCCCCAAUUUCAUUUUUCAAUCGUACUGUUGCUGGAUUAGAUUACAGAGCCGAGCCUGAAGUAUCCACUUCACAAGAGUCUAAUACUCGACCCACAUCAUUUGAUAAACAAAGCGAUACGGUAUCAAGCAAUAAUAGUAGUGAACAACCGGAAUGGCGCUCAAAUUAUCAAGCUGAUUAUUACGAUCAUAAAGCUCCAAUAUGUUCCAAAGAUUUGCUAUGUUGGGCAUUUCAAAUAGCUCGUGGGAUGGAAUAUUUAGUAUCGCGUCGUGUUUUGCAUGGUGAUUUAGCCGCACGGAAUGUUUUAGUUGCGGAAAAUAACGUAGUUAAAAUUUGUGAUUUUGGAUUGGCAAAAAGUAUAUAUAAAGAUUCUAAUUACGUUCGAAAAAAAGAUUGCCCUUUACCAGUUAGAUGGAUGGCAUUGGAAUCAAUUCGUGAUCAAAUCUUUUCGGUACAAUCAGAUGUUUGGUCGUAUGGAGUUGUAUUAUGGGAAUUGUUUUCAUUAGGUCAAUCACCGUAUUCAGAAUUAGUUAACUAUAACAAGUUUUUACAGAGACUUGAAGACGGGUAUCGUUUACAAAAACCUAAGUUUGCUACACAAAAAUUAUAUCAAAUUAUGCUUCAGUGUUGGGAAAUACGACCAAAAAAUCGGCCAUUAUUUGAUAAAUUAGUGAAUGAUAUAGGAAUGAUGUUGGAAAAUGCUGAUCGUGAACAUUACGUCAACUUAAACGAUCCGUAUUUAAUUAUGAACGCCAUUAAAGGAAAAGAGCACAGUGACUAUUUGGCCAUGAUGAGCACACCAGAUUUUGAAAAUUUUUCCUCAUCCCAACAUUACGUAAAUACUGCUCCAAUUGCAUCCCAUUCAGCAGAAUGUGAUAAAAAAAAUCCAAGUGGUUCAAAUACCGAAUAUUUGUGUAUGCGACCAAUAUCAGUAUCUAAAAAUUUGGACGAUCCGAUAAACACUGAAAAAUCGGCAACGAAUGCUACCUCAUCUGAAAUCACACCAAUGUUAACUUUGAAUAAUACAAGUGAUACAAACUAUGACAUUGAAUCUGAUAGCGGACUUACAACACCGGAUUAUAAGAAUAUUAGCAUGAAAAAGAAUGAUUUCGUGAAUCCUACAUAUCUGAUUUCGACUGGAACUUACUCCAACAUUGACUUUGAAUAAUACGAACUAUGAUGUUGAA